GCCGCCUGGUGGCGAUGCGGCAAACUACACUAAGCCGCUCCCGCCAUCCAGGUGACCACCACGCUGACCUGUGUUUGCUAUUACUGAACCCGACAAGAAGGGAAAAAAGGAGUAAAACAGAACAAAAAAAUCUGCUUGAUUACCACGAAAAACGCCUUUAGUAAUAAAAAGAAUAGAUUUUAGUUCUUAGUCGCCGGAACGGAUAAAUAGAAAACUUAGGGACACACACGAAAUGUGGUGCUUCCAAAAUCCGGGCCAUGAAGCUGUCGUCCUCACUGAGCUGCAGAGACAGCAACAGUGCAAUCAGUUCUGUGACACUCUGCUCAAAGCAGGAGGUGUAUCAGUCCCAGCACAUAGUUGUAUUCUGUCAGCUAUCAGCCCCCACAUCUCCUCUGCUCUGUCCGCUGUACCAGCUCUCCCUGCAGGACACAGCCACCUCCUGGAAUUCAGGGAUCUGGGCGCCUGCACUCUUCUUCACCUGGUCAGACUUCUAUACACGGGUGAGAUGGCUGGAGAGGGGGAGAGUGAGAAGCAAGAGGCUGUUUCUGCUGCAGCUAAGCUGGGGAUCCGAGGGCUGGUGGAGGUGACUAGAAGUAAAAGCAGAGGGGGAGGAGAAGAAGAAAGAGAGGUGGGUCAGUUUUCAGAGGUGGGAGAGCAAACUGAGCCUGUGAGGAUGGAGGAGAAUGAAGGCAGACAAAGUUGGUGUAGGAGAGAGAUGAGGGAUGGGACUGUGUUUCUCUGGAAGGAGAGACUGUCAAACAGAGGAAAAGACAUGUGGACUCAAACGGAGGAUCUGCACUUAAACCCAGCUCCCCCUUCUCCCUCAGUGGCCUCCUAUGAGACGAUCGAUAUUAGUGCCCUCCAGAGUUUAGGGCAGACAGUUUCCCAUCAGCUUGUUCCUAUAACGCUCGUCUACCCGUCCAAUGACAAUCAAACACUCCACCCUUUCUCUACUUCUUCAGUUUCUGUGGAAGAACCCACAUCAGCUGGAAGCAUAUCUGUUGCUGCCAUUGCACCAUCAUACACGUCUGCUUUCCCACCCCCCUCUAGUUUUUUCAGUAAGAACGACUCUCGGAGCUGCUCGGCUGCUUCCCACAGUGCCGGCAGAGAUGUUCCAGCGGCUGAGGAGUGUGAGGACGAGCGCUUCCAGCAGUUUCAGGGUAACAUCCCAGAAUUCAUCAGCUACUUCCUAAACACAGAGAACAAUGAGGGCACCUGCAGGGGGAGAGCAGGGAGGAGUCAAAGAGGAAAGCAGAGAGCCAGGGCUCCACGAGGAAGAGGAGGAAGGCUCCCUCAGAUGAUGGAUGUACAGAAGGUGAGGGUGGGCAAGUUGCAGAAGUUGUUUCUGCACAGGUGGGGGAUGAGGAUACCCAGGACGGGUCAGGGCGGAGGAACUGUUGGCAGAAAGCUGUAUGUGAAGAGCAGAGAGGUUGAGAAAACAGCCAGUCACAGUCAAAGAAGCCGCAGCAAAAUGUGGGUGGUCAGCCAGAGUGGGGACCUGCAUCUGUGCAGUGUGGGAAGUAACACUCAGUGUGGACGGAAAAACUCAGUGCUGCAGUUUAACCAGAACAGUCUUCCUGUUGGCAGGACUCCAAAGGGCUGUAACCAAUCAACACCAGGUUCCUUUUCUGGUCCAAACAGACGUUUCCAUGACACCCCUACUCCAUUUGCAUCCAGUCCCUCCCUUCAGCCAUCUCUGUCUCACAGCCUGCUGUCCCCUCCUGAUUCCAAUGUGUCCCCAGCAUCGUCCCUCAUCCACACUACCUCACCCCAUCCUCCAGCCCCUCCACCUUUGGAGGACAGUCCCGAGUGCAUUGACCGCUUUCUGGAGGAAUGCAUGAUAGGGCUCGAUAUUUUACCAAACAACACAACCUCAUCUUUUCAGUGUUCUGCUCCAACAAGCAGCAACACUUCAGCUCAAAACAAACAGCAGGGCUCUGGCACCAACACACCUGUACUGCAGCAGCAAUGUGAGGGAGAGCUGAACGAGAUAUUGGACUACUUUCGGUCAAUCAGUGAGCAUGUUGAAAGCUACAGUGUCAGGGAGGAGAAUGAGAUUAAUGAUGAGAGCUCCACAGAGGCCAGCCAGCCAUACAUUGUCUUGAGCAAAUGUGAAAGAGCCACCUUCAAGACUUGGACCCCCCACACCAUUCGUGAACAGUAUAAACAUGCACCACACCAAGUCAGUCACUCCUACACAUCUGAACCACAGAGUGAGAAUAGUGGAUCAUCACAAAGCCACUCAGAGGCCCACAAAAGCUUGGCUUGUUCUGAUUCUGCAAAACACACAAAAGAAACUACGGAGAAAACCAGAAAACGGAGUAAGAGAAGAUCAAGAACCUAUAUGUUCUCAAUGGAGAAAAAAAAGAAGAAGCAAGUUUCAUCAGAUGCUGCAAACAGAAAAUUAGGUCCUAACCAGAAAGAUAUUCAACUCCAGCAGAGACCACUAGACGAGAGAAGUUUGCCGCCACCCCUAGUGACACUGCAGGAAGACGGCUGUCAGAGUCUGGAAAAAAAGAGACCUUCAAAAACUCCGACUGGUUUGUCAUCUGCAAAACAAUAUUUUGACAGCAAGCAACAAAUGUAUUUGAAGACAAAGUUCUACCCGAUCAGGAGCUGGUUGAAGGAGACGAAUAUUACAGACACUGCGUCUUUUCUCUUGGCACAACUUCCAAAUAAACAGGCACUUUCAGUGGCCAAUCCAACAGGCUGUAAGCAAGGCAGGACCAAAAAGAACAAAGAACUUUGCAGUUCAUCUAAUGGUGAGAUUUCAAAAGCAGCAGCGCAGAUGCAGCCUGUGGACUUUUGUGGCCCUGAUGACCAAUGUGAGAAAAAUCAAGAGAGACAUGAAUGUGAUUUAUCUGUUCAGCCACAGGAAGAGGUAGAGAGACCUGCGUGGAGGGGAAAAAAGAGGGGACCAGAAUGUAAUGAGGAUGCAAAUGAUGAUGCUACCGUGACCAAGAGGAGUAGCUUAUGUCAAAUGACAGAGCCAGCCUGUGAGACAUGCAUACCAUGUUCUGAAUCUGCAGACUUAGCAUCUACACCAGCAACCAUGGAGCUAAAGGAGAUGGUUGAUGUUGAGACUGUUUCACUGACAAAUUGUUGUACACAAGGUAAAAAACGAACUGAAAACUCAAUGUUGAGUGAGAUUAAACAAAGAAAACCUGAGGAAAGUUUGCCAGAUGAAGACAUGGAGAGCAGCUGUAGUGAGGUAACCAAUGUGGAAGAAUACGAUGAAGACUUGCAGACUCUUGGGAACAAAGAGGUGGAAAAGGACCGCUGCCAGAGCAGAACACCACCAGCUCCAUCACAUAUAAAUGCUGCAAAGAACUCAGCUUCACCUACAAAAGCGUCCACUCUGCAGUGGACAGAAAAAUGGGAAGAAGAUGAGGAUAUUGAUGUGACUGGAGGUUCCAGUCCAGUCCCUGAAUCAGUGAUCAUCAGCUGGACAGAGUCCUCAGAAGGGGAGAAAGAGGAAGAAGAUGAGGAUAUUGAUGUUGUUGGUGAGAAGGCCGACUUCACUACAUCACUACCACCAUGAAUAUAGGUGAGCUUGUAAACGGAAAGCACCAGACGGAGGUGGUCUCUCAUUAGAACCUGUUCUUUUUGUUACUUUCUUCUCAUUUUCACUAAAGAAAAUAAUGAUAAACAAUAUAACAACAUAAACAGGUUUAUUUCAUGUACAAGUGGUGCCUUCUAGGUUUUCUUUUUCCCUUACAUGUGCAAACACAGUAACACACACGAUUUCUGGUGUCCAGUCCUACAGAAGUUCAGGAAAAAGUUCAUAAAGCAUCACAAUAUUGUGAGUUUAAUCAGCAACAAAGCAAGUAGUGUGCAGAUGUUUAGUUUGAAUUCUUAAGCUGAAAUUACAGACCUAACUUUGGUUAACACAUCAAAGGGGUUGGGCAUUAUUCAUAGUUAUAUUAGAAAUAUUUUGGCAACAAUUUUAUGUGAAGAGUUACAAGCAGAUAUGUUUGAAAAGAUUUAUUUUAACUGUCAACCAACCAGUUUGCAGAGUUUUAAUGUCCAACAAAAGAAAAAAAGAUCAGAUUUCGGGGUAUUUAGAGAAAUCAGGAGUGUUUUAUUAGUUGUUCAUAUGACUAUAACUAUUAGUUGUAAAUAUAAAUUAAUGUCAGCCUCUGUUCUGCUAAAGUUUGUAAAUGUUCCAGAAAGACUUUUGUCUUCCUUGUUUUAGUGUCAUGUUUUGUUCGGCAAUGUUCCCUGUGCCAGUUUUUUACAAUCAUUUAGAAAAUAAAGAUUUCCUGUUUUCUUG